AUGGCAGAUAAUAUGGACAACACAGCUCUCGCAGGAAAUCAAGGGGCGGUACGGCUAGCACAGGAUCCAGUCCUCCUUGCCACUGAUCGUAAUAUUCCCAUGAGGAACUAUGCGGCGCCCAACCUGUACGAUUUUUCGCAUGGGAUUUCAAGGCCUACAGUAGAGGAGAACGCAAGCAACUUCUCAUUACUUGGCAUUACCUUUGAGGGUAUUAGACUGUAUUUAUUCCCUUACACCUUGAGGGAUGAAGCCAAGAGGUGGGCUUACUCACUGGAGCUGAACAAGAUUACAUCAUGGGAUCAGCUGGUUGAUCGAUUCAUGUAG